AUUUCUGUCAGCCUCGUCGCCAUCCCGAUUUCUUUACCUCUACCACAAACAACAAUAAUAACAACAACGACAACCAAUUGUCCAACACCCAUAUCCACGCGCCAUCUUUCUACGUCAUCGAAAUAGCCAUGACUGACAUUUCGAGCGGUAAGGACGCGCGCAACGUCAAGAAGCGCACGAGCAGUCCCGAUGUUAAUACACCCUUGAAGCGCAUUAAAACGGAAACCGAGGACGAAUCGAAACCAGACAAAUACAACCCUUACCUGGCACACUGGAGCAAUGGGAACGGUGCGGAUGGUGAUGUACAGGACGAAAAGAAUGGAUUCGGCUUCGAAGAUAGGCUACCAAAGGGCUCGCCGCUUGCAAAAUUUCAACCGAGGAAUACGACGGCAAAACAAGCAUCUGAGGCUGAGGAUAGCGAUAACAAUCCCUUCACCGGAGAGCCACAUUCCCAGCAAUACUUCAACAUCCUAAAGUCGAGGCGUAAUCUCCCUGUACAUAAACAAAGACAAGAAUUCCUAGAUCUGUACCACAAGUCACAAAUUCUCGUUUUUGUCGGUGAAACAGGUUCAGGAAAAACUACCCAGAUCCCUCAAUAUGUUGUAUACGACGAACUGCCGCAUCUUAACCGAAAACUCGUUGCUUGUACCCAACCUCGACGAGUUGCCGCCAUGUCCGUCGCCCAGCGUGUCGCCAACGAGCUUGACGUUCCAUUGGGAGAUGAAGUCGGUUACAGCAUUCGUUUCGAAGACAAAACCAGCUCCAAAACGAUAUUGAAAUAUAUGACGGAUGGUAUGCUACUAAGAGAAGCUAUGCACGAUCACGAGAUGUCGCGAUACAGCUGCAUCAUCCUCGACGAAGCACACGAACGUACUCUUGCCACCGAUAUUCUUAUGGCCCUUCUCAAGCAAAUCACCAAACGCAGACCGGAUCUCAAACUUAUUGUUAUGUCUGCUACACUCGAUGCCCAGAAAUUUCAACGAUAUUUCUUUGAUGCGCCCCUCCUCGCAGUUCCAGGAAGAACCUUCCCCGUCGAGAUCUUCUACACCCCCGAGCCAGAGAAGGACUAUGUGGAGGGUGCCAUACGGACUGUGCUCCAGAUUCAUGCUGGCGAAGACGAGGGAGACAUACUCCUUUUCCUUACGGGAGAAGAGGAAAUCGAGGAUACCUGCAGAAAGGUGUCACUCGAGGUUGACGAGCUCGUGAGGGAAACAGAUUGCGGCCCCAUGGCCGUCUAUCCACUUUACGGAACUCUCCCACCACAUCAACAGCAGAAGAUCUUUGAUCCAGCACCACCCCCGCUCAGGAAAGGGGGUAAGCCUGGUCGCAAGUGUAUUGUUUCGACAAACAUUGCUGAGACAUCACUGACCAUCGAUGGCAUUGUUUACGUGGUCGAUCCUGGUUUCAGCAAGCAAAAGCUCUAUAACCCUCGACUAAGGGUAGAGUCACUGCUGGUGUCCCCUAUAUCGAAAGCUUCUGCCCAACAACGAGCGGGACGUGCCGGUAGAACGAAGCCUGGAAAGUGCUUCCGACUUUACACCGAGAAGGCCUUCAAGGAGGAGCUGAUCGAGCAGACCCAUCCCGAAAUUCUGCGUUCCAAUCUAGCGAAUACUGUGCUGGAGCUGAGGAAACUUGGUGUGGAGGAUCUCGUCCACUUCGACCUUAUGGAUCCACCUCCUCCCGAGACGAUGAUGCGUGCCCUGGAGGAACUCAAUUAUCUCUCUUGUAUCGAUGACGAGGCGAAUCUAACCCAUCUGGGCGGUUUAGCCUCUGAAUUCCCCCUGGAUCCCGCCUUGGCAGUUAUGCUAAUAUCAAGCCCCGAAUUUUACUGCUCAAACGAGAUGCUCUCUAUAACAGCUCUGCUCUCAGUGCCUCAGAUCUUUGUGCGUCCGGCGCAGAGAAGACGAGAGGCUGACGAAAUGAAGAAUCUCUUCAAGCACGACGAUGGAGAUCACUUAACGAUGCUCAAUGUGUAUCAUGCCUUCAAGGGAGUGCUCAACCGCGGCGAUGACGCGAAGGCGUGGUGUCAUAAACACUACCUAUCUUUCCGACACCUUUCCAGUGCAGACAAUGUUCGUGCCCAGCUGAAGCGCAUCAUGGAAACACAGGGCCUGGAACUCCUCAGCACGGAUUUCAACGAUAAGAGUUAUUACACCAACAUCCGCCGGGCUCUAGUCAGCGGUUUCUUCAUGCAGGUUGCCAAACGCGAGGGCCCCAAGGUGUAUCGUACCCUCAAAGAUAACAGCCAGCGUGUUAUGCUGCACCCGAGCACGGUGCUUCAGACGGAGUACGAUUGGGUCAUCUAUAACGAAUUUGUUAUGACCUCGAAGAACUACAUUCGGACCAUUACUGGCAUUAAGCCAGAGUGGCUUUUGGAACUCGCGCCGACGUAUUACGAUCUUAGUACUUGGGAUGGCCAGAAAGAUGUCGAACUGGCGCUGAAGUCGGUCGCCGAUAAGAUGAGGCGGAGAGCUGCCAUGAAGGGUGGCCGCUAAGAGGCCCUUACCAUCGAUACGAUGAAAUGAAUGAUAGCCCGCGAGUCGACAGCUUUAAGAGUCGUAUCGUCGUAUUAUCCGUUGUCGUCUAGAGCCACUUCCGCAUCCUCGAAAAUGACAAGACACCACAUCUCUAAUAUAGAAGACUUUCUUACGAUUUGAGUAUCACCAGAUGCUUUAAUAUGGGAUUAGAAGGUGCAGAACAUCUAGAAGACAGCGUGGGCAUUUCUAUUUACCUCAUGUUACUGCCAAUAGGGAAUUACCAUGGGUUUACAGUAAAUUAAAACUGUAUCUACACUGGAAGAAGAGAUGUGAAAUACCUACCUACCUACCUACCCAGUUAUCCAGGUGGUUAGUUAAGCAGGGCGAGAAUAUGGCUUUCCUGGAAGUGAGAAAGAUAGAUAUUAAUGUAUUCAGAUGUUACCUAGAACGGGGAAGAUUGUGCUACACUUUACAGGGCUUUAAAGCCACUUCAGUUGGGCGUCGAACAGACUCGGGGGCUUAUGGUAUCUGGAUUAGGUUACGUAGCUGCCUACUUACCUAGGUAAAUACCAAAAUACAUAAAUCACGUUUUCCCGUCGGAA